AUGUAUCAUAUAUCCCUGAAUCAACAGCAAGACAUUGAAGAAGCUUUGUGGCGUGCAGCUCAGUAUGUGUGCGACGCCGAUGUACUACUAGUAGCAGCAGGUGCUGGAAUGGGCGUCGAUGCUGGCUUACCAGACUACUUCGGUGGCAUUCACCUAGCACAUCCACGUCUAGCAGAAAUGGGCAUGAGUAUCUACGACUUAUCCAAUCAUUCGCUGUUCGAGCACAAUCCUGCACUAGCAUGGGGUCACUGGAUUACAAGACAGCGGGAAUAUAUGAAUAUACUACCACAUUUUGGCUAUGAUAUACUGCAUACUUGGAGUAAAUGUAGCAAACGCAAUGUAAGUGUUGUAACGACGAACUUAGAUCGCCAUUUUAUUCGCACAGGUUUCACACUCGACAACGUAUUCGAAAUGCAUGGAUCAAUGUAUGAUGCACAGUGUAUGCGUGGCUGUGGUGCAAAGCCAUGGCCACUUGACAUUGCAAAUAUGCCCCCAGUUGACUUGAACACAAUGCUACUACUUGGAACUCCACCAGUAUGCAUACAAUGUGACGGUCCAGCACGUGUAUGUACAGCAUUGGCGGUUGAUGGCCAUUGGGAUACAUCACAUGUUGAGGUAGCACGUAUGCGUCAUGAGACAUUCUUUCGCCAAUUGUCAGCUGAACGAAUGUUGACUGUUCUGGAAAUUGGCUGCGGCACUGUAAUGCCCAAAGUACGCACAGAGGUGACACGCGUCGUAGCAGAACACCGAAUGCGUGGAGGCCGUGCAGCACAUAUUCGAAUCAACUUGCAUCAAGCACAUAUUGAUGAGCAUGAAGACAACAUCUCAUUGCCUCUUGGUGCACUAGAAGCAUUGCGCAUAAUAGACCAACUAUUAACUGAUUAA